AUGUACGAUUACACAAGCGUUAGCAACAAGGAUGCGAGCAAGGAGAUUGAUUUGGAGGCAGGAAAUGGAGAGACUUUGUACCCAGGUUUGAGUCUUGGAGAGAACCAGUUACGAUGGGGCUUGAUUCGCAAAGUUUAUGGCAUCUUGGCUGCUCAGCUUGUCCUCACCACCAUCGUCUCUGCUGUUACGGUUCUUUAUACUCCCAUGACCGAUCUCCUCAAGGGCAGUUUUGGGUUCGUUUUGCUUCUAUCAGUUUUGCCCUUUAUUUUAUUGUGGCCCUUGCAUGUGUAUCACCAGAAACACCCUGUGAAUCUGAUCAUUCUUGGCCUCUUCACGGUGUCGCUGAGCCUCUUGGUUGGAGCAAGCUGUGCUAAUAUAGAAGGUAAUAUCGUGCUUGAGGCAUUAAUUCUGACCUCAGCUGUGGUUUGCUCUCUAACUGCGUACACUUUCUGGGCUUCUAAGAAGGGCAAGGACUUUAGCUUCCUUGGACCAAUUCUCUUCACUGCCCUCAUUAUCCUUAUCCUGACUAGUUUUAUCCAGGUGUUCUUCCCACUUGGCUCAACAUCAACUGCAGUUUAUGGUGGAAUUAGUGCUUUGAUUUUCUGUGGAUAUAUUGUUUAUGACACUGACCACCUGAUCAAGCGCUUCUCUUAUGAUGAGUAUAUUUUGGCCUCCGUUGCUCUCUAUUUGGACAUUCUGAACUUGUUUCUUUCCAUUCUGCGUGUGCUGAGUCAGAGAAACAAUUAG